UAAGGCAAGUUUUCUAGUAGCAUAAUGUCAGGACGUGGCAAAGGUGGUAAGGGUUUGGGAAAAGGGGGCGCUAAACGCCACCGUAAAGUUCUUCGUGACAACAUCCAGGGAAUCACGAAACCCGCCAUUCGUCGUCUUGCUCGCCGAGGUGGCGUCAAACGUAUCUCUGGCCUGAUCUACGAGGAAACCCGUGGAGUGCUUAAAGUCUUCCUCGAGAACGUCAUCCGUGAUGCAGUGACCUACACCGAGCAUGCUAAAAGGAAGACCGUCACCGCCAUGGACGUAGUGUACGCACUGAAGAGGCAAGGACGUACUCUGUACGGAUUUGGUGGUUAGGUUCAUCAGUUGUCCCGCUUUCUAAUCGACCAACGGCCCUUUUCAGGGCCACACACUCUUCGAAAGAGUUAAUAUUCCCUUGGUCAAUGCCUGACACUCAGAAUAAACAACCUUAA